UUCUUUAUGCUUAUAGUAGGUCGGUAAGAAUGUGUUACAUGUCUCGAUACCGUGUAUUGAAAUCUAUUAAUUUUUUGUAAAUCAGAAUUAAUGCAUCAAAUAAAUUAUGUCAUAUUUUAGAAUGAUUUGAAGGAUGCGUUAUUCACUUUCUUCAUAUUUAUAUUUUUGUAGGAAUUUGUGUAUAAUUCAAACUAACCUAAAAAUACGAAAAGAUACAAGAAUAUUUUCCGCCAAUUUUUUAAAUCAGUGUUCAUUUUAAAAUGACAGUUUACAAAAUUUCCAGAUUAAUUCAACAUCUUAGAUUUUUCAGAGUUCCAAUAAAACAAGGAUUUUCAAAGACAUAUGUUACUGAUGUAAAUACGAAACAACAAAAGAUCAGUCCUUGGUAUUCAUUUAUAAAACAACGGAAAUGGGGCAUUCCUAUUGGAGUUGGAAUAUCAUUAUUAACAGUAUUCCAAUAUAGCUAUUUAAGAAAAUAUCCAUACACACCUAGGGACAGCAAUGUGUACGAGCCAAUUAAUAUUUUUGUGGUGAAAUGUUAUUAUUUUCUACCAUUUCGAACACUCAGCAAGAUAUGGGGUUGGAUAGCUAAUUUAGAAUUACCAACCAGUUUAAGACCAAUUUUAUAUGGAUUUUAUGCAAAAACUUUUAAUGCUAAUUUAGAAGAAGUUGAUUUAGAUUUAUCUGAAUUUCCAAGUUUAUCUGAUUUUUUUGUUAGGCCACUUAAAUAUGAUGCAAGACCUAUUGAUCAUAAUGCACGCAUAGUUUCACCUGCUGAUGGAAAAGUAGUACAUUUUGGACCAGUAACUUCGUGUUGUGUGCAACAAAUAAAAGGUGUUACUUAUAAUCUCAGACAUUUUUUAGGAGACAUAAAUAUAUUUGGUUCUGAUGAAUUAUCAAAGUUUACAAAACAAGAUGAUGCUGCCUAUUUAAAGGCUCUUUUAAAGAAUCCAAUGAAUCAGCUUUAUCAAUUAAUAGUUUAUCUUGCUCCAGGAGAUUAUCACAGAUUUCAUAGUCCAACUGAUUGGGACAUAGAAUUUCGUAGACAUUUUCAAGGAAAGUUGAUUAGCGUCAAUCCAAAGAUAGUCCGAUAUUUUCCAAAUUUAUUUUCGUUAAACGAACGUGUAACAUAUAUUGGUAAAUGGACUGGUGGUUUUAUGGCUUAUACAGCAGUUGGAGCUACAAAUGUAGGUUCUAUAAGAGUUUACUGUGAUAAGGAACUACGUACAAAUGUUAUUAAAUGGCCUGAAGCAAAAUAUUGGAAGGAUGCUCACUUAGGUUGUAUACACUUAAAGAAAGGAGAAUUAUUUGGUGAAUUUAGAAUGGGAUCUACAAUUGUAUUGCUGUUUGAAGCUCCAAAAGAUUUCAAAUUUUGUAUACAAGAAGGGCAGACAAUAAAAAUGGGUCAAGCUUUCGCUACCUGUACUGUUGAAACUGAGGAAAAACUGUAUAAACAGUCGCUAUGACAAUUAAUAUCGCGCAUUUCACUAGACUGGACAUAUGUAUGGAGAAUAGAUAGAUGAAGUUUAGGAAAUUCAGUGAUCUCAUGAUACAAGACUUGCUUUAGAUAGUAUUACGAUUGUUUUAAGAGUUUUACAAUGGAAACGACUAUAAA